AUGCAAAAUUCAAUUUUAACCAAUAGAUCAAUAGUAAAAAACGAUAGGAUUUCGAAAAUAUUAUCUAAUUACAAGACUGAGAUAGAUAAACAUAGUCAAUAAAGCUUUAGAAUGCUAAGUUAAAAAAUUAAACGAAAAGUACAAACUUUAGGUAUGAUAAGAUAGGAAAUCAAAUUAGUGAUAACUAAGCGAAUUAUCCAAUUCCUAAGAAUAAGACAGAUGUGUCAAAAUUCUUUAGUGAUCAUUCAAAAAGUCAAUUUCAAAUAAAUGUUAAAGAUUUACUGAUGCAUAAAAGUCAAAUAUCAAAAUAAUUAAACAAAAAAGGAAAAGACAACAACAAAUAAAUGGUCCCAAGAAUAAACAAAACUCAAAAUGAUAUCUUUAAAAAUUAUCUUGCCCAAAGAAAUUGUAAUGGCUCUUAAACUUAUAGAGACUCAAGUAUUAUCAGUCUCUCUACUUAGGAGAUUUAGAUGCCCGAAUCAAAAUUAGUGACAAAAGUACACAUUCUCAAUAAGCCCUCUUAUAAACACUUAUAAAUAAGAGUUAUGAAAAUAAACUCAAUCAGCCUAGAGAUUCCCCAGAAUUAUGUUAUGCAUCAUAACAUAUAUUUAAUAUACUUCAAUAAUCAAUCAAUGGAUAAAGUAGUCUCCUUCUUCGUUCUGGCAGUUAAGGAAAUGUAGCUAAUACUUCAUAAAUCAAUACUAAAAUUGCUGAUCCUAAAUUUAAUAAAAUUAAAACCAUUCUAGAACAUACAAAAACAUUUCAUACUACUACCGAUCCGUAUAAAUUAACUAAUGAUCAAGAACGUACUAUCACUGAUAAAAAAUUUGUUAAAGUAGAUAAAAAUAAAAUCUAAUCAAUUUUAAAAAUUGCAAAUUAAGUUAAAAAUACCUUAGAUGCAUUUAAUUAAUUAUUAAUUUAAUAAGAAAAAACAUCAUCUAUCAUAUCAAAUCUCAUUUCUAAUGAAUGUAAUUAUAUUUUAUUAUAAUUAAGUGUCAUCUAGAGAUAGUAUCGAAUCAAUCUAAACUUUAGAAUGA